UCGCGUUCAUAUGUCUAGUGGUUGUUUAUUGUUUACGAAAAAAGCAAGCUAGUGUAUUUUUACGGAUUUUGUUGAUUCUCAUGAGAAUUCUUUUACACUGAAUGGAGGAGAAUCAGCUGGAGUCUCCACGAAAGAUACUUGAGAAACUGGGAGAGUUGCGCAAAUGGCAGGAGGAGCAGGAGAUGAUCCUUCUGGCUAAGCAGACACAAUCGAGAAAAGCGCUGGCGGAAGAGAAGCAAAAACUAUACGAAAUGCUGGGUUGUGUGUCUCCCAGGGAUUCUGUGGAUACCCAGGAUAGUCCUAAAGAGAGUUUCAAUUAUGUGGUGGCAAAGAAGUCUUCCCUGAUCACAAAGCCUAAUCAGGAGGUUAAGAAGAAAUCACCAGUGAAUAAGAAGCCUUUUUUGAGGCGCGGUGAAGGUCUGACCAGCAGAUUUCGAGUGAAUCCUGACCACUUCAAUCUCAAAAAUAUCCCAAAGUACAAAUACUCCAUAGCCAAUAAGAAAUCCAAGGAGAAGAACACUCAGAAUGGCCAGAUUCCACAAGAAGACGACCAGAACGGGUUUCCGGAAGAUGAAAAGAGCCCAAAAGGGUCAGAAGUUAAUAAUUCAUCUAGUAUCGAAGCCAACUCUUGGGGAAAACUCCUGGAAGCGAUGAAUCUGGAUCCGGAAAAGGCGACAAAGAUGUUUCAGGGGUUUGCAAAGUUCACACUAAACAAUUCAUCUGAAAAUCUCUCCGCGAAGGAAUCAAAUAAUAUGGACGACUUGCGACUUUUCGAAUUGCUGGAAGAGAAGCUGGAGAACUCUAGUUUCGCUUCGAAUUCCAGCUCUGUAAGACGAAUGCUGAAUUACGACGAGCAGAAGUGUAAAGAGGCGCCUGAAGAUUUGGAAGAAUCGUCAGAAUCUGAAGAGGAAAUCCAGCCAAAGAAACCUCAAGUGAGAUUCUGCGAAAAGGUGGAAGUGAAUCACUUCAGUGACUCCUCUGAAGAGGAGGAUCAAGAGGGAAAUAUGGUGUCGACGCCUGAUAAGAAUCAGGAUGAAUUCUUGGACUUCAAGGCGAAUCUCGAGAGGAAAAUGUGCAGGUUCUCAGACAGUGGAUCUGAAGGGGAUUCGAGAGAAGAGUUAAUGACCAAGAGAAGUGAUGAACUGAAGAUGCGACUGAAAGAACUCGAGGAUGAGAUUGAGAAGUUUAGGAGACAAAAUCUUGCAUUGACGAAGGAGAAGCAAAUCCACGAAUUGUCGAAGGUUGAGCUGAACAAUCGUCGCCUAGAGAUGGAGGAUCAGAUAAAUGAUGAGCGUAUUAAGAUGGAGAUCUACUUCCAUGACGAGAGGAUGAAGAUCGCUGAUGAAAAGAUGAAGUACGAGAAGUUGCUGAAGGAUUUCCGCGUACCGACAAAGAAGGAGCGCGAGGAGGUGAAGAAACUCAAGGAACGGGUGGAAGAGCUUGAGAAAGAGGUUAAGGAGAAGACAGUAAAGCAUGGAGCCGCUCAAAGUCGUCACAGAUCGCAAGUGCGCAACCUGGAGAAGGAGAUCAAGGAGCAAAGCUCGGAGAUUGAGCAGCUGAAGAAGGAGAAUCGCAAACUUGAGGCAGAGAAUGUGAGAUUACGGAGGCAGAGCAACACCAAGACACUCCAAGAGAUUAAGAGGAAUAUUGCUAAGUUGGCUCCUCAAGCUGUGCAAGAAUCUCCCGGCCAGAAGAAAAAGAAGAAAAGCGUGAAGAAAGUGGAGUUAUUCGACUCUGAGAGUGAUCCUGAAGUUGAGGAUGACUCUGAGGACACGCCGAGAUGCGAUCCUCCUUCAGUUCAGGACAAAAAAAUCAGCAACGGAAGCCCUCAAGUCAAUCUGAAGCGCGAGAUCGUGAACACAGAUGGAAGCCGGGACAUUUGGUACCCGAAUGGGAAUCUUAAGAAAAUCUCGGCGGAUGGCAUGAUCAUCCGAAUGCUGUACUUCAACAAGGACAUCAAGGAGACGGACAUCAAUGAGGGUACAGUUAAGUAUUACUACGCUGAGAGCAACACGUGGCACACAACGUAUUUGGAUGGCCUGGAAAUUUUGGAGUACCCGAAUGGUGAGACGAAGCACAUUCACAAGGACGGAAGGACAGAGCUUCACUUUCCGAACGGCGCAGUGCUGACGAAAAGACCGCAGAGUGAUGGCAGUAUCCAGGAAGAGUGGCAAUACGUGGAUGGCACGCAAAUUUUCUGGAAGAACGGAGAGAAGGUGUUCUCAUUCCCAAAUGGUCAGCGUGAGAUUCACGGCAGCGAUCACAAGAGACGCGAAUAUCCGGAGGGAACGGUGAAGAUCGUGUACAAUGACGGUACUCAAGAGACACGCUACUCAAAUGGGCGCGUGCGCCUCAAGGAUGCCACUGGCAAGCUGGUCAUGGAUUCAGAGACAAAAUCCUACAAGUGUGAUAGUUGA